AUGCUGCGGAUGCUGUUUCCACGGUGGAUCGGGUUCCUGGCGUGCGCGUCAGUGUGGAUGCAGCUCACUGCCGGAGUCUCGCCCAGCGUCAUCUAUUCCCACGCGGGCAUGUGCCCCAAUGACAUGAACCCCAACCUGUGGGUCGAUGCCAUGAGCACCUGCACACGAGAGUGUGAAUCUGAUAAGGAAUGUGAGUCCUUUGAGAAGUGUUGCCAAAACGUGUGUGGGAAUCACAGUUGUGUGGCUGCUCGUUUCGUGGAUGGAAAUAAGGGCCCCAUGGGGAUGCCAAAGGAAGCAACGUGUGCCAGUUUCAUGUGCACCCAGCAAGGGUCUGAGUGUGACAUCUGGGGCGGCCAGCCGGUGUGUAAAUGCCGAGACCGCUGCGAGAAGGAGCCAAACUUCACCUGUGCCUCUGACGGCAUGACGUACUACAACAAGUGCUACAUGGAUGCAGAGGCGUGCUUGAAGGGCAUCACCCUGUCCGUCGUCAUAUGCCGCUUCCACCUCACCUUGCCCAACACAAGUCCUUCGCUUCCACAGGUGACCACCCUUCGCAUGACCACUGCUUCCCUUCGACCUACCGUCCCCCUUCCCACUGAGCCUCAGCCACCCGUCUUGGUCAGUGGACCAACUCCACAGACUGUAAAUGUGGGUGACACUGCCAGUUUCCUGUGUGAUGUCACAGGUCGACCCUACCCUGCCAUUAUGUGGGAGAAGCAGAUGCCGGCAGGGUUAGACAAGGUGGUCAUGAGACCCAAUCAUAUGUUGGGGAACAUGGUGGUCACCAACAUUGGUCAGUUGGUCAUCUACAAUGCCCAGCUGCAUGACUCAGGUGUCUACACCUGCACAGCUCAGAACCCAUCUGGUUUAGUGGAGGCCUCCCAUCCCCUUACCGUGCUCCCGGCCGAGGUCCUCAGCCCCACCUCAUCAAAAAACCUGACCCAAUGCCUGCCUGAAGAAUGCCUGAAACCCCCUGAAACCCAAGAGGAUUGCGGGAGUGAGCUGGAGAAAGUCAGCUGGUACUAUGAGUCCAAAAGCAACAACUGCUUCUCCAUCACACACUGCCACAGCAAUGGCAGCGACCAGCAGACCAAAAAGCUGUUUGACACGUAUGAAGGUUGUAUGCAGUGUUGUGGUCCGGAGUUGUUAGGCCCCUGCGGACUCCCCCCCCUCCAAGGCUCCUGUAAAGCAUAUGAGCUAAGAUGGGCAUACAGCAGCACACUGCAGGAGUGUCAUUCCUUCAUUUACAGUGGCUGUGAGGGCAAUGGCAACAACUUUGAAUCCAAAGAAACAUGCGAGGAGAUGUGCCCCUUUCCAAAGAAACACCAAUGCAAGUUCUGUAAGCCCAGAGGCAAGAUGGUGACAAGUUUCUGUCAGAGUGACUUUGUCAUCACGGGCCAGAUGAUGGAGCUUACACAAGAAAAAGACUCCGGCCACGUCCUCAUGACUGUGGAGGAGAUCUUCAAAGAUGAGAAGAUGGGUCUACGCUUCUUUGGGAAGGAACCUCUUGAGGUCACUUUCAUCAAUAUUGAUUGGAACUGCCCAUGUCCAAACAUUACAGGGGCUGCUGGAGGGGGCCAGGUCAUCAUCAUGGGCAACGUCAAUGAUGGCAUGGCCGUCCUUCAGCCUGAGAACUACGUGGCCAUGUCCAGUCCUCGUCGGGUGCGGAAAUUAAAGGAGAUCAUCUCAAAGAACACCUGUGACAUUCUCAAGGUGAUCACCAACAACCCUCAGUAGGGUUCGGGUCUGAACAUAAAGUAAGGAAACGUGAUAAAACUGCCAAAGUUUUGAACAUUCACUGCACUAACUUUCAGAUUUCCAGAAACUGUUGAUGACACAUUUCAUGGAACACUUUUGUCUGGUUCUUUCACAAGUUUUAUGGGAUUUUAUGCGGUUUGUUGACGCCUGCUUGUAGCGUUGCCUUUCCAUUGUCGCAUGAAUGCUGAUGUUGUUGACUGUAGUUACAUAUUUGUGAACACAGACAUUCAUUUUUUUAUCACAAUAUUAUCUUUAUAUUCUGAAUCUGUUGGUUUCCAUGCCCUUGGUGUCUUCAAGAGGAAAAAGAGCUUGUAACCUUUGGCACUGAACCUAAAACACAGGCUUGUUUUCAUUUCUGUAUUUAUGUGUAUAAUUUAAAUGUCUUUCUACAUUCAGUCUGUAUUUUACACCAGCAUGUGCUGUUCCACACAAGGAACAAGGACAACAAGAGAUUUCAUCUAGUUUAAUAAGUUGUAACAUAUUUUAGUAAGAAUGGCAUUUUCUUUGAAUUUGCUCAAAGGAACAUUUGUGAUUUUUAGUUCUCAAGGGGAUGAAUCUGUCACAUUCAUGACGUCUGUACAGGGGGUUAACAUUUAUGUACCUCAUAUCAACCACAAAUGUAUGCAUAAUUAGAAAUGUGUUUUUCAGGGACAGCUGCUUUGCAGUCUAUGAAUUCAAAUAGCUAGCUGUCAUGAUUUUAGAUACUUAGCACUUUUGGCAAAUUUGACUUCUGAACUGUGAAUAGAGACGUUAGAGAGCACCGUCGUUCUUAGUU